UGCUCGAAGCCCGAGUGGCGCUCGCGCAAUGUAGUCCCUCGGCUAUCCUUGACGCGGGAGCAUCGUCGUUUCGAAAGAGCCGCGACCUCCUGCCGUCGCGCGCGUUCCGCCGACGACACGUCCGACAACCUUCGCGCUCAUCCUCCUUCGAAUCACCUGAUUCUUCCAAAAAUCCGUCGAAUUCCGAUGGAUAAACCGUUUCCCUCCGCGCUCGCCCACAUUUCGCUGUCGAUAAGAUUUCCUUCGGUUUUUCCAAACUUUCGAUCAGGAUACCCGAGAUAAAUCAGCCUCGUGAUUGUGCAGUCUAUCGUGAAAUGACGAUACACAGAUCGAUCCUGCCAGUGUGUUGUGGUGACGUAACCGGUGAAUUGUGAUUCGUGACGUCGGACAUGGAUGUACGCGCGCGAGAUAUUUGAACGUCGAUCGACGUUCGAUGAGUUUUCAAACUCUGGAUACAUCGAACCGAUUUAUUGCCGGAUAAAUCGAAUAUCGGACACGAAUUACUAGCCAGAGAUCAGAGGCGAAUCUCUGGCAUAAAAGACUCCGUGUUACAUUGGCUCUGCUCUCAACGGAGGAAACUGGCUGACGUACGAUUAUCGUUUUCAGACCGAUCGAACUUGGCACCAACUUUCCUUUCCUCGCGAUUCCCGUUGAAUGCAGCUGACAGGAUUUCAAACCAGCUACGACUACGCUUCGAUACGGCUGAGGAACUUCCUAUUCGCCGAUACGAUUAACGAAAGAAGAUUUUGGAUCUACGGAAGCGAAUGGUCACUCGAAGAUUCGAAGAGUUGCCACGAAUUUCAUAAAACUGAACUGUAAUUUUAACGCAUCGUUGCUGUCUAAAACGUAGAAUACUGCCAAGGGUCGAAAUAUCCCUCCAAAUCUGUACCCAUAUACGUACUCGUCCAUUAACCGUAUAAAGUCGAAACCCAUGGGACGUCGAAGCUGAAGAGCUGCCGGUGAAUCAAGCACGAUAAUCUCGAGGUCUGUUUAGACGAACGUUUCUGUGACACGGUUGUGCAUUCAGUGUCGGUGCGGGUGAAAUAAAGUCUCUGCUGUUCGCGGUCGUUUCGAACGCUCGAAAGAAUCGAGAGAAACGGAGAUAUCGAGCGAUUUCGAAGUUACGGUGAAUGCUUACGCUCGAUCGACUCCUCCGAUUAACUGUCGCCUACGGCAGACAAUGGACCGAUGAUGGUUUAAACAAGUUCGACGGGCUAGUCGGAGACGAUGCAACGGUGUAACGACGCGCGACCACCGAGAGAACGGUCGAUGAAACGUGUGUAACGAGGAAAUUACUUUAACGAGUGACGCCUAAUGCAACGCGAACGAUGUUGCGGUGGUGAAAAGGCAUAUGAAAGCCUUCGUGGUUAUCCCUCCUCCCUUCCUCUCUCUCUCUCUCUCUCUCACACUCUCUCUCUACUUGUCAUUUUGUCGGAUCUUAUACGAGCAGAGACUAUAGUGGCACGCUAACGUCGACAAAAUACUCGUGCCGUUAAUUACGUUCAUUAGCGGUUCGCGUAACAGCAACGUUCCCGUUACAUUUUCUACCUGCAACUCUGGAGAAUAAUUUGCCCGGUGGAAUUCGAAACCGCCCCCGUUCCUGCUGCCCGUUUGUUUAGCCGCAGAGAAAGAACGAGCAAAGUCGGUCAAGUUGACGGGAUGAAUACGCGGUGUGCUCGUAAGAUUUCAACCUUGUUGUAAUAUCGUUUCUUUUCCCUGUUAAACGUCUGUCGGUGAUGUUGACCAACGAGACAUUUUCAAUCGAUUAAAACAGUGACGGAUAAGGAUUUCAGAAGAGGAUCGAGUGUAAUGCCAGUUUUUUCCUGAAACUAUCAGUGCUAGCGAAACUAUUUCGUCCAUUCGAUGAGUGACUGCAGGGUUCAAAGAUUGAAAUGCGUGUGAGAUAGUAUAUCAAUAUGUGAAAGGAACCUCGCCGAGGAACAAGCGAUGUCUACUUCUCUUCCGGUGAUCGUCUGUUUUAUCAUUUCUUUUGGUGGUAUAGCGUCAUGUCUACGAAACUUUCGAACCGACUUUCUGGAGGAAUGGCCGACUCCUGGGACAGGGCCCCAUUUCGACAGCUCCAUGCAGUCGAAUUUCACCGGUCUGGUGGGCAAAACGGUGCAGCUGGUGUGCAAAGUGAAGAACCUAGGAAAUCGAACAGUUUCCUGGGUGAGGCAUCGAGACAUACACCUGUUAACGGUCGGUCGUUACACCUACACCAGCGACCAACGUUUCGAAGCUUUGCACUACCCUCACACCGAAGAGUGGACCUUGAAGAUACGAUAUCCACAGCGCAAGGACUCUGGGAUUUAUGAGUGCCAAAUAUCAACGACACCCCCUAUCGGUCAUCCUGUUUAUCUAACGAUAGUUGAACCUAUCACCAUAAUAGUCGGAGCACCCGAUCUGUUCGUGAACAAAGGGAGCACCAUUAAUCUGACUUGCAUCGUGAAAUACGCUCCAGAACCACCGCCCAUGAUGAUCUGGAGUCACGAUACAGAGGUAAUUAAUUUCGACUCGCCGAGAGGCGGUAUCAGUUUGGUGACGGAAAAGGGGCCGGAAACUACGAGUCGUUUAAUGAUCCAGAAAGCGGUGCCCAGCGACUCCGGGAUCUACACCUGCGCUCCGAGCAACGCGAAUCCGAGCAGCAUCAAGGUGCACGUCGUUAACGAGGAACAUCCGGCUGCGAUGCAUCACGGGGACGGAAGUUCGUCGUACGCCAAGACACGGCCGAUGUGUUUUAUAAUUUUAAUAGUAGCUAACGUAAUAUUUAUAUAAGGGGAAGAACGGCAUAAGAGACGAAAGAAGGAAAGAUAAAUACAUACCCGAUACGAUAAUACAGCGCGAUUUCAUUCGAUCGCCAUCGCCUAUGGUCGUUAAACGUUCUUUGGGUAUAUAUUUGCGCAGGGUAAAACCGGAUAUUACCUACAUUUACAUUAAAUUUCCGUGACCAAAGAGUUUUUCGAAUAUCAGCACGGCACAAUAAUCGGUAAGAGCGUAGUAUUUUGUUAAGAUAUAUCAUCAAGAAACGAGUAAACUUACGACGUCAAAAUUUAUUGUAUUAUUUGUAAAUAAAUUUAUUGUAUGUACAUAUCAAUAAAACGAUUGUCUUUA